AUGGCACCUGAGGUUAAGUUCACCUCGUAUGGAAUUCCGUACAUCGUCGAAUUCGCCAAUGUCAAGUUUCGACCCACUCAUUCACGUCCCCCAUUACCCCCAUCCAAACUCAAUAAUGUUUUACACACAAAUGGGAGUAUGAGUACGCUCCUAAGCUCUGUUGAGACUGCCUCCUCGGAGACCCUCGUGUACCCGCCCAAGAAUGUUUUCAGCACCCCUGAUGGUACCAGUAGCCAAGGUCUCUACAUUCGCUUCGCUUCGCAUCGGUACCGCCCACCACGUAAAUUGUCGGAGGGCCGGCUUUUGCGUCUUAAACAUCGCAUCGCAAAGGCUGUUCUGGCGGCGGGGAUGGACUCAACGCCUGUCACAGAGAAGGAUGAUCCGAUGGAGGUGCACAAGCUUUCUCGGGUAUCAUAUGGAAGCAUUAAGUCAACCGACUCUUAUAAUGCGGAGGACGAGUCGGGUUCUCUCUUCAGAGGAACGUACGGCCAGGUGAUGAACGCACUCCACUCUGUGGGGCUGACCACAACCCCAUGCAAGGAAUCUGGAGUCGAUGAAGCUACUCGAUUAGGUGCCCUAUUCGUUGCCAAACACAGUGCGUCCGGAGAUGUAGAGUUCACCAAGCUGACGUUAUGGGCAUAG